AUGACCCACGUCGUCGGCGUCGUCACACUACUCGUUUCCAUCGUCUCAUGGGUCGUCGUUCUCGUCCCGAACGCCCGAGCGGGUCCCAACGCGUGCGCGAUGUCGUACAUGUAUCCAACCUUUACAGAGAUUCCCUCCGAGGACGUCCGUUUGGCGAGCGAAACGCACCGCUUGUAUCGUUACCUCGACGCGAGAGACGCAGAGACGCGUGCGGACGAUCGGACGUGCGUCGUUCAUAGCUUGUACGUCCCGGGGUCGGGUGGUUCGCACGCGCAGGCGAGGAGCGUCGGGAGCGGGACGCGACUCGGCGCCGGAUGUUCGGUGGAACACUACGCGUUGGAUUUCGGACGCGAACACGGUGUGUACAACGGGAGAUUAUUAUCCAGACAAGGCGCGAGCGUCAGGGCGGCGUUGGCGUGGUUACGAGCGCGAGGGUCGUCGACGCGGACGCGCGGGACGGCGCUCGUCGGGCACAGCGCCGGCGGUCUCGCGGCGAUGGACGCGAUCGGAGCGAUCGAGGGCGCGCUCGACGUCGACGCAGUCGUCGCGUUGGCGUCUCCGUUGGGAUGGAAUCCCGUGAGUUUGACUGUUGAGGCGUACGCGCGCGAGCGGAGCGCGCGGACGCGUUGGCGGGCGGUUGGCGCCGAAUCGAGAGUCGUCGUCGCGAGCGUCGUGGGAGGCGCGCGCGAUCGGCAGGUGAGCUCGAUGGCGAUGGGAAACGCAAACGCAUGGGUUAAUGAGGGGUUGGGGAUCAGCGCGAGCGCGCCGGAGAUUGCGAACGUCGGGGUGGCGAUCGAUCAUCAGUGCGCGACGUGGUGUAAACAGUUGGUGAGCGCCGUCGCUCAAGGAUUCGAGCGGGCAUUUCCGGAUCCUCGUCCAGAAGACGACGGCGACGGCGAACUCACGUCAAAAAUGACGCCGAGAGAGAUCGCGAACGGGUUCCGCGACGCGUUCGGUGAGAUUAUAGAGUCCUCCGACGGGUCCGCGUUCGGCGUUCCUUCGAGAUUUUACGAGACGGUUCAGGAGCGCACGCCGAGCGUCUUCGCCGGCGUCGUCGCGCAUCUCGUCGUCGGUGCAAUGACGACACAGCUGGUGCCCAUCAUCGUCUUCGCCGUUGUCGCGCACUUCGCAUCGCCGCCGGUCCUUCGAGAGCGACCGGCGGAGUCGUUUGCGGCUUCGAUCGCCGUCUGCGUUGCGUGCGGAUCGAUCGCGCGAUUCGCUCGAUCUUUCGGCGAACGACGCGCGCUCUUCGCGUGUCAACUCAUCGCAUAUACACCAUCGCUCAUCGCCUGGGCGCAUCACGCGUGGACAACGUUCGCGCGAGGUGUCGGCUUUCGAGACGUCGUCGCGCCGUUCGGUCCGGCGGACGCCGCGUGCGUCGCCGUGGCCGUCGCCUUCAUCACUCAAUCGUCCACGAAGACGCGUCCAACGGCGACUGCGAUAAACAUUAUUGCCGGUUGCACAGCCGCCUACGCGAGUGCGCCCGGAAAUGGCGGUCUGGCGCACGUCGCGUGCGCCGUCUUUGCGUUCGGCGGCAUCAUCGACGCUCGCCGAGCCAAGCUCGAUUAG